AUGGCGUCCUCAUUCGACUACGAUUUCGUCAAGGAUGCGACGCCGGCGGGUUACGAGUUCCCCUCCCACCGUCUAAAACGCACCUGUAACCCAAACCGGCAACCACUGAUCUUGGUCGCAUGCGGCUCCUUCUCUCCCAUCACUUUCCUGCACUUGCGCAUGUUCCCCAUGGGCCGCGAUCAUGCCUGGAACGAAGGCUUCGAAGUCGUCGGCGGCUACCUGUCGUGCUCGUCCUACCGUAAGAAGGGUCUCGCGCCAGCCUACCACCGCAUCCAGAUGUGCGAGAUCGCCGCCAAGAAUGCGUCCUCGUGGCUCAUGUUCGAUCCCUGGGAGGCCCAGCGGCCCGUCUUCACGCCCACGGCGCGCGUCCUCGACCACUUCGACUACGAGAUCAACCACGUCAUGGGCGGCAUCGAGUGCACCGACGGCACCCGCAAGCGCGCCAAGAUCGUCCUCCUCGCGGGCGCCGACCUGAUCCAGACCCUCAGCACCCCCGGGGUAUGGGACGCCCGCGACGUCGACCACAUCCUCAGCCACUACGGGACGUUUGUGCUCGAGCGCAACGGCACCGAGCUGGACUCGGCCAUUGCCAACCUGAAGCAGUGGGAGCACAACAUCCAUGUGGUCCGCCAGGUCGUGAGCAAUGACGUGAGCAGCACAAAGGUGCGCCUGCUCAUUAAGCGUGACAUGAGCAUCGAUUACUUAAUACCCGACGCCGUCAUCGAUUACAUCUACGAGAAUAACCUGUACAAGGUGGACUUUGAUCUACCACCCCUGCCAGAGCCCAAGGGCAAGGAAAAGGCCACUGCGAAUGGUGCCACCUCCGGCCCCAGCGACGGCUGA